CUGGUCUCCCUCAGUCCGCUCAGGAUGGACCAGAGGAGCGCUGAACCGGACCCAGGCUGCCCGGUCACGCUUUACGGGGAAUUCACGGCCAUCGGUUCCCGAAAAGUCCGGUGUGCCGUGAACCUGACCGAGAAGGAGCUCAUCGUCCAGAGGCUCCCGUCGGCACCUGUCGGGCGGAACAAGGUGGUGCUCAGCCUGAAGGACUGUGUCGGCUGCCGGGCUUACCGGGAGGAUGACGGUGGGGAGCCGGCCGCCUACCUGUCCGCCUACUUCUACCCGCUGAAGCGGCGCUGGCUGAGCUCCGGGGUGUCGCGGCAGAGAGUGGAGCACCGCUUCCGUCUCACCGCGCUCCAGGACCCGGGCGUCAACCUGGAGGAGGCGGAGAAGUGGGCUCGCGCCGUCCGGGAGCGCUCGGGACGGCACCAGUAUCUGAGAGACGGGUUGAUGGUGUGGGAUCUGGCUGAUCCGGGCCGAAUGAUGCUGCUCGUGAAUCCACAGAGCGGGAAAGGACAAGCGCUCAGCCUGUACAACAACCACAUUCAACCGAUGCUCAACGAGGCCGGUGUCCCACACACUCUGGUCAUAACUGAGCGGCAGAAUCAUGCCCGAGAGCUGGUGAGAGAGGCCGACCUGUCGCAGUGGAACGCUGUGGUCAUCAUGUCGGGAGAUGGACUCCUGUACGAGGUGAUAAAUGGUUUGCUGGAGAGAGCAGACUGGGAGGAGGCCAUUCAGACGCCGCUGGGUUUCCUUCCUGGGGGAUCAGGCAACGCCUUGGCUGCGUCCAUACAUCACUACUCUGGAGCCUCUCAAGUCUUCGGUGAGGAGCUCCUGAUCAGCUGUGGUUUCCUGCUCUGUAAAGGCCUCCUGUCUCGUAUGGACCUGGUCUCUGUCCAGCUGUCCUCCGGCCCUCGUCUCUUCUCCUUCCUCUCUCUGGCCUGGGGCUUCGUAGCGGACGUGGACAUAGAGAGCGAGAAGUACCGUCACGUUGGAGCUGCCAGGUUCACUGUGGGCACGCUGGUGAGGCUGGCUUCUCUCCGCAUCUACAAAGGUAAGCUGGCUUACCUGCCCGCCUCCAAGGACUGCAACACAGAGGGAGGUUUGAGAAACAACAUGACGAAGCACUGCAGCAAUCAGGCUCCCUCUCUGAGUCCAGCCUCUCAGCUGCACCCCCAGACGAGAGACUCUCCCUGUCAGAACACCCUUCAGAACUCCUGCCACUCCAACAACUCCCUCAAGGUGCGGAGGGCGGAGAGCACGCCCCCCAGAAGCGCCACCAAAGGUCAACCCGGCCCCCCUGCCUCCCGGCUGCUGCCCCUGGACCAGCCGCUGACCAGUGACUGGGUGGUGGUCCAGGAAGAAGACUUUGUCCUCAUGCUGGCCAUGUACCAGUCCCACCUGGCGGAGGACCUGAUGGCAGCACCGAACGCCACCUUGGACGACGGCGUCAUCCAUCUAACCUACGUCACAGCGGGAAUAUCCCGCAGCGCUCUGCUGAGGCUCUUCCUAGCUAUGGAGAAGGGCGCACAUCUGACCUCUAACUGUCAACAUCUGGUGCACACUGAGGUGCAGGCUCUCAGGCUGGAGCCGAACUCUCCCAAAGGAAUAAUAACAGUAGACGGAGAAGUGGUGGAGUAUGGGCCGAUGCAGGCUGAAGUGCACAGAGGUCUGGCAAGAUUAAUCACUGGAUGAACUGAAGAAACAAACACCAGCGGCUUUUAUCUUUGAUAUGUAUGGCUGAUGAUGUUUAAUUGAUCAUGUGUACCAUUUCAAAUCAGAAAUGGAAAAGGUGCAGGUACAAAUGGAUGUUACACUCGUUCACUUUUAUUCGCUGCGUUCUCUGUCAGUGGUACGCAGAAAACCAGUACAUCGUUUUUUUAAUGAAAAUACUUUGAUGUCCGAUGGGAUAUUACAACAAACACGUGCUGUUUAUGGAGAUGCAAAGUGUCCAAUAUUAGAUAAACAGUUGAAUAAAUGCAGAGAAAAAUUAAAAAAAUAUAUAUAUAUAUUUAUUAAGCACUACUUCACAAUAAGAGGUUUUAUUGUAUUUAUUUAUUUUUUUGGCAAGAAUAGGUUUAUAAUUUCACAACUCAAAUAACUGUUAGAAUGCUUAUACUGUGAAAAGAAAAAGUAUGAUUAUUUCACUCUUUAAUUGAAAUCUUGUAUUUAUAUUGAACACUUUGGGGUCUCCAUGGCGACAGUUGAUCAUACUGUGGUAGAUCAAGUCAGCCUCACAGACACAAACACGCUUCCUCAUCAUCAUCAUGAUGAAGUGUUUAUCCUCCGCAGUAGUAGAUCCAGCCACGUCUUUAGCCUCCAGCUUUCAUGUUGUCUACUGCUGCAUGGUGCGUUUCUUCUGUCCUGGAUCCACAUUCUCAGCUUGAAGCAAAUUCAUCAGGAAAUGAUUUAUUGAUUUAUACCUUCAUGGCUCCUUGUCACUAGGAUGAAGACCAUGUUUUUGUGUGUGUACGUGUAGUUAUUGUGUGGUAGUGCAGAUGUCCUCAUGGAGUCGUUACCCUGGUUGGAACUGAGGUCAUCAGGCAUUGUGACUGUUUCUGAGGCGAUGGUGCUACUGAGUCAUGUGGAGGAAGGUGAAAAAAGCAAAUGGCAUCAUAUAUCAUUUAAUAUAACUAUUUAUAUUUCAUUAUAUUUAGUUGAUUUCCUCAUAUUAAGACUGUAUGACUGUACACAUCUGGCUGCAGAGGGCACUGAUGAUCAGUAAACGUUACAUAGUGUUGCCUUAAAAGCUGCGUUCAGGAAUCUCCAGGAAGGAUUUCUUUUUUGCAUCACCAGCUUUUUCCAGCCUGACUGUUGCAUUAUGACCGACAUGAAGCCGCUGCCGCUCGGCACCACGUAGCUAUGAUGGUCACUGACGCCCAACGACUACUGGGACAGUUUCGCCAAAGAAGCAUCCACUUGUUGGAUCCUUAGAUAGUCGGGAAUAGAAGGAUGCGUUUGAAGGAGCCUUAAAAAUGGAGCAGCCUGUGAAGCCAUCUGGCUUCACUGCUAUGGUCCUGUUAGCUUUGUCCUUGUUUCAUAAACAAACCACAGUGACAGAACAGAUCUGCAUCCGUCAGACCACUUUUAUAUUUCCAUUUCUUUCUGAGGUCUAAAGUCUCCAGAGUGCUGCACAAACACAGUCACAGUGAAACAAAUGUGACCAGUGAGAAGUCAACACAUUCAAAUGGUCAGUUCACCAUUCACCACAAUAUACCAUUGAGAUUGGACAGUGGUCUCACAGCCGGAUAUCAAAGCUGCUCGAAUAAAACCAAAACCAUAUACUGCACGACUAGAUAACUGGAAAGGAAAAAGAAAGUGGUGGGUGAACUGACCCUUUAAUCCAGCUUCUCAUUGUUAACACAUGGUUCCUUUUAUCACCAGCAACCACUUCAUGGGAACUAAUGUAAGAAAUCACUGAAGUGACAUCGACACAAAUAAGAAGGUGAAGCUCUGAACCAGGACGAGCUGGACGUCCCUGACCGAUGAUGUGACCAUGUUCAGGUGGCGGCAGCUCUGGUCCUGGUCUGAAAUGUUUUACUGCCUCCACUCCCUCCAUCCAUACCACUCUGCUGCUUUCCUCCAUCCAUCAUCCAUCUCUCAUCUGCUGCUUUAAGAGCACUGCAGUGUCUGCAGAGCCACCACACCGGUGCUUUUCAGACAUGCACACGCACGCACGCACGCACGCUCACACACACACACACACACACACACACACACACACACACACACACACACACACACACACACACACACACACAGGUGCGCUAGCAGCAACUGUAACAUCAGGAUAUCUGAUGUAAAAGAACCAUUUGCUGGUGAAAAGGAUCGCUGUCACUUUCCAUGUGAACAGUAAGAGAGGAGAAGGCAACAUGGCUGCAUUUAAAUUGCAAAAAAUGUCAUGCUUCGUGUUUUAAUGCCACGACUACGUUUGACACUGUAAACAACAGAAUAAUGAAAAGACCAAAACCUCAAAAAACCUUUUAAUACUUUUUCUUCGAUAUGUUUGCACAGUGUACGUUUGUUGCUCCUUCCACCGAUGAACUAGUUUAGUAUAACAACAUCUUUUGACAACAGCUGCGUAUGGACAAGCCUGUGAGAUGGAAACACUACUUGAAAAAAUGCGUGUUGCACGUUGCCGUCGUUUGAGGAGACAAAUGUGGUUUGUAGCAACAAAAGCUCCAAGUUUCACCUGCUGUGAUUGUUGCAUAUGACAGAAAUAGCACCAUAAAGAUGGAAGAUUUAUAAACUCAAGAGAAAGAUAUUUUUGCCAUUUAUCACUUUUUUUUGUCUAUGCAAAGAUUUCAGUUUGUUCUGCGUUAACUAUUUCAUGUGCCUUGACUGUGCCGCCUCCUGGUGGUUUGAACACGGUGGUGCUUUCACCUUUUCAUUAAGUGCAACCAGCUGAAUUUCUUUUAUAUCAGCUCAUCAGUUUUCUCACCACUAUUUUUGAAAAAACUCUGAGAUGGAAGAGACAGAGUUGGGUUGAGUGUCGUCAGGUGAGAUAAUAAAUGAAAGUCAUCAGUAACGUCUGUGCAGACCUUGAAAUCUUGAAAUAGGAACGACAGAGUGUGGUUUCUGUGUGAUUGACAGUCAGGUCGUCCAACUUUCAUCAAACUAAUAAAAGAUGAGAUGAAGGCGCUGAUGAGCGUUCUUCUGACCACACCCACGUCUGACUGUUGAUUUGCUGCUCGUCUUUGCCUGCUGCAUCAAAACUUUUGUCCUUUUGUGUGAUUUCAUGUUUAUGGUGAAGGGAAGAAUGUUUUCUUUUUUUCUUGCACACUGAAUAUUGAUUGGUUCUUUAUUCAAAGAGAGAUCUAUUUUUCCAUUUUGACAAAUGUCUGUAAUUUCGAUCAUGAAAUCGAACUUUCUGCUGGAGUGUUCUUGAUUGAAAAAUGAAAUAAAUAUGACAAACAAGCCCGGGUGAGAUUCGGUUC